GCGAUUGGCUGACGCGGUGGCUGCGCACUGGGCCUGAGAAACUCUGGUCGGGCGCGAGGUGUCGACUCCCCGGGCUAUGCCAGGCGCAUCUCAGCCAUGUGAAAUAUGCCUUUUACCUUCCAUGAUGAUUGUGAGGCCUCUCAAUCCACGUGGAACUCUAAUCCAAAAGUAAAUGAGAAACUUAGAAAAAGAUUGCCAACUCCAAAUCAACAUAUUUAGAGAAAAUUGGAAAAGGAGAAGCUUACUACAGCUUUAUUUGAGGACUUUUUAAAGAACGCAGGGUUCUAUCUGUGAGCUGCAAAUCUUGGAGCAAAAACCAGAGACAUUGCCAGAGCAAACAAGAACAGAAAUACAAAUGGAGAACUGGUCAAAAGACAUAACCCACAGUUAUCUUGAACAAGAAACUACAGGGAUAAAUAAAAGUACACAGCCAGAUGAACAACUGACUCUGAAUUCUGAAAAAAGUAUGCAUCAAAAAUCCCCUGAAUUAGUUAAUGAAAUAUCAUAUGAAAACACAGAAUGGCCAGGGCAGAGAUCAAGGAAUUUUCAGAUCAUCAGUUCUAAUCCAGAUGAUCAGUCUGUUUACUCCACUACUGAAAAAUACAACAUUAUGGAACAUAGGCACAAUGAUAUGCAUUAUGAAUGUAUGACUCCUUGUCAAGUUACUUCAGACUCAGAUAAAGAGAAGACAAUAGCAUUUCUUCUAAAAGAAUUGGAUAUUCUCAGAACAAGCAAUAAAAAGCUUCAACAGAAAUUGGCUGAAGAAGAUAAAGAACAGAGAAAACUAAAGUUUAAGCUGGAACUCCAAGAGAAAGAAACAGAAGCUAAAAUUGCUGAAAACACAGCAGCUCUGGUUGAAGAAGUGUAUUUUGCGCAGAAGGAACGUGAUAAAGCUGUUAUGUCUAGACUGCAAGUAGCCAUUGAGGAGAGAGAUGAAGCAAUUGCACGAGCCAAGCAUAUGGAAAUGUCUCUAAACAUGCUAGAAAAUAUUAACCCUGAAGAAAAUGACAUGACAUUACAGGAAUUACUGAACAGAAUAAACAAUGCAGACACAGGGAUAGCUAUUCAGAAGAAUGGAGCUAUAAUUGUGGAUAGAAUCUACAAGACCAAGGAAUGUAAAAUGAGAAUAACUGCAGAAGAAAUGAGUGCACUAAUAGAAGAACGGGAUGCUGCCUUGUCUAAGUGCAAACGGCUAGAGCAGGAGCUUCAUCAUCUGAAAGAGCAGAACCAGACUUCAGCAAACAACAUGAGACAUCUGACUGCUGAAAACAAUCAAGAACGUGCUCUGAAGGCAAAGUUGUUAUCUAUGCAACAAGCCAGAGAAACUGCAGUUCAACAGUACAAAAAACUGGAAGAGGAAAUCCAGACCCUUCGAGUUUACUACAGUUUACACAAAUCUUUAUCUCAAGAAGAAAAUCUGAAGGAUCAGUUUAACUAUACCCUGAGUACAUAUGAAGAAGCUUUAAAAAACAGAGAGAACAUUGUUUCCAUCACUCAACAACAAAAUGAGGAACUGGCUACUCAACUGCAACAAGCUCUGACAGAGCGAGCAAAUAUGGAAUUACAACUUCAACAUGCCAUAGAGGCCUCCCAAGUAACCAAUGAAAAAGUUCAAAAGUUGGAAAGGCUGGUGGAUGUACUGAGGAAGAAGGUUGGAACCGGGACCAUGAGGACAGUGAUCUGAUUGAAAAAAAACGACAGUCUGGGGAAGCGAUCACAUCUGGUGACCAGGCUGCUUCAUUCAACACUGUGUAAACACUAAAGCCUUAACUUAGCAAACAGUUGUUAGAAGUGGGACACUCCAACCACAUUCCAAGCUGAGAUAAAAUCAAAUCACAAAUGUUUAACCACUUUGCUGCUGACUUGAGUUAUUUAUCCAAAUAUAUUAACUACAGACUUUUACCAAUGGGUAGCUAUAAGGUUACAGCUUAUUUUGUAACUAUUUUAUAUCUCAAUAUCUUUAAUGUAAAUCUUUUUACUGAGAGAUCAUUAUAGAAACAUGUUAAAGUUGGUUAGUAUCAUCUCUUCACAUAUGGCCCUUUCUGAAUCAAAGUGCAGCAAAGUAAAUAUUGUCUAAGUUUUAAUCCACUGUGUUAGGUCAAAACUUCAAAUACAUGCAUUUUUCAAUAUAGGGUCUAUUUCUUAACUGAUGAGAGAGGCUUAAACAUGAGUGUGUAGUCUUCCUUCAAUGCAUGUAUGCAAUCUUUGUUAGUAGUAAAAGAUAUUAAAUAUAGAUGCAAUGAAUUAAAUGUAUAAUUUGUUUAAUAAGAGAUGGAUAUAUUAAAAUUACAUUCAUCAAGGCAUGAUUUUUGUUUCACUACAAAUAAUGUAAACUGUUUCAAUAAAAAGAGCAGACUGUUAAUGUGUA